AUGGCGCCCGAAGCUCUGAACGUCAUUGCGCUGGUCUCCGGCGGCAAGGACAGCUUCUUCUCUGCCCUGCACUGUCUGGCCAAUGGCCACCGCAUCGUGGCUUUGGCCAACUUGCACCCGCCAGAGAGCACCACGGCGCGGGUAGCAUCCGUGGCCCCGGGCGCACCGCAGCACGGUUCACCCUUGGGAUCCGGUGGUACCAAUGAUCACCACCUUGACGGCGAAGAGGACGAGACGGACCUCAAUAGCUUCAUGUACCAGACGGUCGGCCACCAGGCGAUCCCACUAUACGCCGCGGCCACCGGCUUGCCUCUAUUCCGACAAGCUAUCAUUGGCACUACACUCCAGCACGGCGUGAGCUACCAGGGUCCUCAACUCCCAACCAGCACAGCGGGUGCGCCUGACUCGGGCUCUGGACCACAGCCUGGCGCGGGCCAGGGCUUGGAGGACGAGACUGAGUCGCUGGUCCCUUUGCUUCGUGCUGUUAUCGCAGAUCAUCCCGAGGCCAAUGCUUUAUGCACUGGCGCCAUCUUGUCUACCUACCAGAGGACCCGUAUCGAAUCUGUGGCACUACGUCUGGGUCUCGUGCCUCUCGCCUACCUAUGGCAGUACCCCGUUCUCCCGCUGCCUACAGCUAGAGCUGAAGCCACAGCUGGCAUUGCUGGGGAUCAGUCCGCACUAAGGACCGGGACCCGGGACCGAGAUAGCAGCGAUGACGAUGCUCAGCUACUUCGUGACAUGGCGGAUGUGGGCUUGGAGGCGCGCAUCGUAAAGGUGGCCAGCGCGGGUCUGGACGAAGACUUCCUCUGGGAGAACGUGGCCACCGACCGGACCGUUCAGCGCAUGAAGCGAGCCUUAAGGCGGUUUGGCGGGGGCGAUCGCGGAUCCGUGCUUGGCGAGGGAGGCGAGUUUGAGACCUUGGUCCUUGACGGCCCGCCUGCACUGUUCAAAGGGAGGAUCGUGGUCGGAGAAGCAGGCCGAAGGGUCGUGCGUGAGGGCGGAGGCAGUACAUGGCUGAGUAUCCGCGACGCACGUGUCGAGUUGAAAGCCGCUCCACAGGGUGCCGCUGCAAAUGGAGUUCGCAUACCUGAACUGCUUGAUCCUCGGUUUCAGUCAGUCUUGGACGGACUGCAAACGAGCGAUCUCGCUUCAGCUGACAGAGUAGAGGAUACUCUACCGGGCGGACCUCUACCAACGAUCAAUGUUGAGACAAGACCGUCGACGAGCCACCAGUGGUGUUACGUUGGCAAAACGUCUGAGGUGGCUGUUACAGAGCAGACUGCGCAGAUUAUAGCUGAAAUCCGGCAGCAGCUCAGCGAGUCCUCGCUUACAGCUAACGCCAUCACUAACUCGAUCAUUAUCUUGAGGCACAUGUCAGACUUCCCAACAAUCAACCAGUUGUACGGCUCUUUGUUUACGGAGCCUAACCCGCCUGCGCGAGUUACUAUUUCUUGUGGCGAUCUACUACCCCCUGAGUCCCAAAUAGCCAUAUACCUCACCGUCAACUCCCAACUCCCUCCAAAUGCCAGGGAGGGCCUUCAUGUACAGUCCAGAUCGUACUGGGCGCCUGCAAACAUCGGCCCCUAUAGCCAAGCUAUCACAUUCCCCCUGAAUGUCUCGCACAGCGGGGCCGAAGGAUCAUAUAACGACCAUGGUACAAAGGCCAUUACUAUAGCGGGCCAGAUACCACUCUUACCUGCGCCGAUGGUAUUCCCACCUGACUCUCCAGAUGCUGUGGCGAUGCAGAUAACCCUGUCAUUACAGCAUCUUUGGCGCAUUGGUCUUGAGAUGCGCACUCAAUGGUGGAGUGGCGCUGUGGCUUAUUUCCCCAGGGCCUCUUCAUCUGCCACUAUGAAGCAGAUGGCAACCCUAACAGCCCAAGCAUGGCGAACAACCCACCUAUGGUCAGUAGCCGGUGUUGAUUCAGACGAUGAAGGGGGCCCAGAUCUGUGGGAUCGGACAUAUAAUCCUCAGUUCAUGACGUUGGCAAGCGCCGACCAGCCCUCUUCAACAACUGACCUCCCUGAUUGGGAAAGCCUGAGGGGUUUCGAUAUAGAUGACGACCAAAAGACAAGACCCAUUCCCUACGUUUUCGCUGCAGAGGUUCAGGAACUGCCUCGAGGCGCUGGCGUAGAAUGGCACGCCCAUCUUGGUCUGGCAAAGGUAAGCCCAGGGUCCAUAUCCGUCGUUAACUCGACGUACGGUGUGGUGGUCUCGGAUUGUAAUGGUAGUCUCGAGAUCCAGCAUGUCGUGGUUGACAAUGCGGACGGAUUGUUCAUCCACACUACUGCUGCCUUCGCAACGGAAAAGACUGCGCCCCUCUCAUCGCUGUUGGAGGGCGUAACGUCCGCUGUGGCAGAUGGAAUAAAAAAUACUCUCGAGACCACGGCAGGAGGUCAACUGCAGGGAGAAUGGGCAAAUGUCCCUCCGUAUCUCUCUUAUACGGAUGCAAAUGGCCUAUCCUCAAAGGAACUAGACGGGCAUCAAUCUGGCGAACAGUCACCCUUUGGGGCAGUCAUUCCUUGCCAUUCCCUGUGGAACGCCCAAGGAGACCGUUUGAAGGUAGUGGCUCUUUUUCAGAACCACUUUGCAAAGCCGGAGUAA